CUUUCUGCGCAUGUCACGAUAUCGAGUGUAGUCAAGUGCUAGCAGCUGCAAUUAAAACACAACGAAGAACGAUACCAAGACGCUAAUAAGUCACCGAUAGCCUUUGCCUGCUAUCAUGGACAUAUUUAUGUAAUAUAAAAGACGUCGUUAAUUAUUCGUGUCAGGAUAAACUCAGUGGGCGAGAAGCUUCUCGGGCUAGCUUAGCAAGCUAACUGCUACAAAGAGGCGGAAGUUAUCAAAUCAUAGCUCAGCAUAGUUCAAGUGUGAGUGGAAAGUGUUGUUAUUAUGUGUGACGUACAGAUGCUGAGAGCACUGGUGAAUCGGCGUUUAACUGCGGCUGUUGACGAAAUAUUUGUAGCGUUCGAAAGAACGCUAGCAUGGUACGAUGGGGAACUUUCUCGAACAAAAGAAGAGAACGAGCGACAACGUCAACAACUUCACGCUGCUGACAGGAAGCAUCAAACUGUGUUACAAAGAGCAGACGUUUGUGAAGAUCUUCCCCGUGAGCAGCAGGAGUGGAGAUGCAAGGUGGAGCAGGAGGAGCCGCAUCCCCGCCACAUUAAAAAGGAGGAAGAUGAUCAUUUUGAUAGUCUGGAACUGUUUCCAGUGAUGAGUGUGCUCGUGAAGAGCGAAGACGAUGACUACAAAGGUCAAAGCGAGGAAAAGAGAGAGCUGGAGCCUCCAAGCAGCAGCUCAACUCUGCACACGACCAUCGAAGCUGAUGGAGGAUCACAAACAGACAACUUCUUAGCGCCGCUAUCAGAUAGUGACGACACAACGUCAAACUGUCCUGACGCUAACAACGAAGGCUCUAAAACUGAUGAGACACAUUCCACUCACAGCAGACGCUUUAAAUGUCCUGAGUGUGACAAAGCUUUCAAUGACCGUUAUUGUCUGAAGAGACACAUGAGAACGCACACAGGUGAAAAACCAUACGUGUGCUCCGUUUGUGGUAAACGCGUCUCUUCGAAUGCGAAUUUGAAAGCACACACAAGAAUACACACCGGAGAGAAACAUUUUUCCUGUUCGAUGUGUGGUAAAAGUUUUAUACACAAUCAAGCUUUGAAAGCACACAUAAGAACCCACAGUGGAGAGAAACCGUUUACCUGUUCAGUGUGUGGUAAAGGUUUCGGGGAAAAUCAAGCUUUGAAAAUACACAUGAGAACGCACACAGACGACAAACCGUUUGAGUGUUCAUUUUGCGGUAAAAGAUUCUGUCAGAAAGUAAAUUUGACAGUACACACAAGAACGCACACUGGAGAGAAACCUUUCCCCUGUUCGUUGUGCGGUAAAUGUUUUGUACGAAAACAGCAGUUGACAUUACACACAAGAGUACACACCGGCGAGAAACCUUUUAAAUGUUCAGUGUGUUGUAUCGGAUUUGCGCAGAAGCAGUAUUUGAAAAUACACAAAAGUAUCCACACUAGAGAGAAAGUAUUAAAAUGCGGAGUGUGUGAUGAGAGAUUCUCCUAUAAGUACCAACUUAAAACUCACAGGUGUGCUGGUGUAACAGCAGCAGUAAAUGAAGCUGCCGGACUUUAAAUAAACCGUCAAGACUUCCUGUGUUGUAUGUGGAAGUGUCUACCAUUUGCAAUAAAAAAAUAAUAGCCCUUA